CCCUCCCGUCCCUCCUUCACUGAAGAAAUGAGAAGAAAACACAGCAGUCAGAUCUAAAAGAAUCCAGCAUUUCAGCUUCAGGUUUCAACCUCAUUACAAUGGCAGGGAUUCCACAAUUUCAGAAGGAGAUCACAAAAGCAUUUGAAGCUGCUAAAAAUAUCCCAAAGGAUGAGUUGCUGUUUACGUACAAUGGAGUUUUGUUUCCAACUGCAAUGUGCAACAUUGACACAUUUAAAGCUCUGGAAACCUUUGAGACACGUGAUGAUGAUAUCAUGAUGGCAGCUUAUCCCAAGUGUGGCUCGAACUGGUCUGUAAUGCUGUUACAUAGCAUGGUCCACACAGUACACAAUAAAAAACCUUGUGCCUUGAUACCAAUAAUAGAAUUCAAAUCCCCCAAUAAGUUUGAGAAACUAAAAGCUGACCCUUCCCCAAGAGUUUUAGCGACACACUUCUAUUAUGACCAAAUCCCCAAAUCCUUCUUUGAGAAGAAAGUAAAGAUUUUGGUGGUGUUUCGCAAUCCAAAGGAUACAGCUGUAUCAAUGUUUCACUUCUACAAUAAUAAUCCAAUGCUUCCCACCUACAAUAGCUUUGAUGACUUUUUCCCAGAUUUCAUGAGUGGAAAAGGUAAGAGGUGUGCUUAGAAUUCUGAACAUACU